AUGACCACCUCCCCCACGACCCCUACGACCACCUCCCCCACAACCCCUACGACCACAAUGAUCACCUCCCCCACGACCCCUACGACCACCUCCCCCACGACCCCUAUGACCACCUCCCCCACGACCCCUACGACCACAAUGACCACCUCCCCCACGACCCCUACGACCACAACAACCACCUCCUCCACGACCCCUACGACCACCUCCCCCACGACCCCUACGACCACAAUGACCACCUCCCCUACGACCCCUACGACCACCUCCCCCAUGACCCCUACAACCACAAUGACCACCUCCCCCACGACCCCUACGACCACAAUGACCACCUCCUCCACGACCCCUACGACCACCUCCCCCACGACCCCUACGACCACAGUGACCACCUCCCCCACGACCCCUACGACCACAAUGACCACCUCCCCUACGACCCCUACGACCACCUCCCCCACGACCCCUACGACCACAAUGACCACCUCCCCCACGACCCCUACGACCACAAUGACCACCUCCCCCACGACCCCUACGACAACCAUGACCACCUCCCCCACGACCCCUACAACCACAAUGACCACCUCCCCCACGACCCCUACGACCACCUCCCCCACAACCCCUACGACCACAAUGACCACCUCCCCCACGACCCCUACGACCACAAUGACCACCUCCCCCACGACCCCUACAACCACAGUGACCACCUCCCCCACGACCCCUACGACCACAAUGACCACCUCCCCCACGACCCCUACGACCACAAUGACCACCUCCCCCACGACCCCUACGACCACCAUGACCACCUCCCCCACGACCCCUACGACCACCAUGACCACCUCCCCCACGACCCCUACGACCACAAUGACCACCUCCCCCACGACCCCUACGACCCCUACGACCACCUCCCCCACGACCCCUACGACCACAAUGACCACCUCCCCCACGACCCCUACGACCACAAUGACCACCUCCCCCACGACCCCUACGACCACCUCCCCCACGACCCCUACGACCACAAUGACCACCUCCCCCACGACCCCUACGACCACCUCCCCCACGACCCCUACGACCACAAUGACCACCUCCCCCACGACCCCUACGACCACAAUGACCACCUCCCCCACGACCCCUACGACCCCUACGACCACCUCCCCCACGACCCCUACGACCACAAUGACCACCUCCCCCACGACCCCUACGACCACCUCCCCCACGACCCCUACGACCACAAUGACCACCUCCCCCACGACCCCUACGACCACAAUGACCACCUCCCCCACGACCCCUACGACCACCUCCCCCACGACCGCUACGACCACAAUGACCACCUCCCCCACGACCCCUACGACCACAAUGACCACCUCCCCCACGACCCCUACGACCACAAUGACCACCUCCCCCACGACCCCUACGACCACAAUGACCACCUCCCCCACGACCCCUACGACCACAAUGACCACCUCCCCCACGACCCCUACGACCACCUCCCCCACGACUCCUACGACCACAAUGACCACCUCCCCCACGACCCCUACGACCACAAUGACCACCUCCCCCACGACCCCUACGACCACAAUGACCACCUCCCCCACGACCCCUACGACCACCUCCCCCACGACCCCUACGACCACCAUGACCACCUCCCCCACGACCCCUACGACCACCAUGACCACCUCCCCCACGACCCCUACGACCACAAUGACCACCUCCCCCACGACCCCUACGACCACAAUGACCACCUCCCCUACGACCCCUACGACCACCUCCCCCACGACCCCUACGACCACAAUGACCACCUCCCCCACGACCCCUACGACCACAAUGACCACCUCCCCCACGACCCCUACGACCACCUCCCCCACGACCCCUACGACCACAAUGACCACCUCCCCCACGACCCCUACGACCACCUCCCCCACGACCCCUACGACCACAAUGACCACCUCCCCCACGACCCCUACGACCACCUCCCCCACGACCCCUACGACCACAAUGACCACCUCCCCCACGACCCCUACGACCACAAUGACCACCUCCCCCACGACCCCUACGACCACAAUGACCACCUCCCCCACGACCCCUACGACCCCUACGACCACCUCCCCCACGACCCCUACGACCACAAUGACCACCUCCCCCACGACCCCUACGACCACCUCCCCCACGACCCCUACGACCACAAUGACCACCUCCCCCACGACCCCUACGACCACAAUGACCACCUCCCCCACGACCCCUACGACCACCUCCCCCACGACCGCUACGACCACAAUGACCACCUCCCCCACGACCCCUACGACCACAAUGACCACCUCCCCCACGACCCCUACGACCACAAUGACCACCUCCCCCACGACCCCUACGACCACAAUGACCACCUCCCCCACGACCCCUACGACCACAAUGACCACCUCCCCCACGACCCCUACGACCACCUCCCCCACGACUCCUACGACCACAAUGACCACCUCCCCCACGACCCCUACGACCACAAUGACCACCUCCCCCACGACCCCUACGACCACAAUGACCACCUCCCCCACGACCCCUACGACCACAAUGACCACCUCCCCCACGACCCCUACGACCACCUCCCCCACGACCCCUACGACCACAAUGACCACCUCCCCCACGACCCCUACGACCACCUCCCCCACGACCCCUACGACCACAAUGACCACCUCCCCCACAACCCCUACGACCACCUCCCCCACGACCCCUACGACCACCAUGACCCCCCCGACCACCACGACCCCCACAAGCCCCACGACUACCACGACCACCAUGACCACCACGACCAUUGACCCUGUGACCACCUCGACCCCCAUCGCCACAACCACCUCAACUGUCCCCACUACCACCGUGGCCAUCACCACCAGCACAGACCCAACAAAUCCAUGCUUGAACGGUGGCACGUGGGAGAAUGGCAAGUGCUCGUGUGUCGGGGGCUUCCAAGGUGACCGCUGCCAAGACCUCGUCUGCAAAAAUAAUGGCACCUGGGACAAUGGCGUCUGCCAGUGCACCCCAGAUUUCGAAGGGCCCACGUGUGAGGCCCCCAAGAACAGCGUGGAGAUCAAAAACGUGACGGUGAACACGACGGUGGAGAUGGAGGCCAAAAUCGACGAGAAAUUUGAUGACAAUCUCAAAGAUCCAUCCUCAGAAUAUUACAAGAACUUUGUGGAAAGGUUCCAGAACCAGAUGAAGAAGAUUUAUGGGAAUAUCACGGGCUACCAAGGUGUGGAGAUCAGAAGCCUGAGCAAGGGCAGCAUCGUGGUGAACUACACGGUCAUCGUGACUGUCCCUGUCACCACCAAGGUCAACGAGACGAUGAAGAACAUCUCAGACAACCUCGUCACUGCUUUGAAAAGCCAAAGGGAAUGUGACGAGAACUGCACAGGGAGCAACUGUUCUUUCUGCUUCAACCCCGACGCCACCAAAAUCAAUGUGCCACAGGUGGUAGUAAAUGUGUGCCAGUCCUACAUCCAGAAUGACUUCCGAGAGUUCUACAUGGAUCUACCGACCGAGGACGGCGUCCUCUGCAUCACGCGCUGCGACACUCGCCACUCCGACUGCCUGAAGUGUAGCUCCUACGGCAGCUGCUCCUUGAGCAGGGCGGGGCCCUACUGCGAGUAA